GGGCCAUUGGCGCUACUGCAAACGUAGUGGAAUGCAAUAAUCGGGCCUUAGCAUGGACAUUCGAAAGUGGCUUGCUGAGACUGAGAGUCCAGUCCCUUCCAAGCAACCGGGCGUUGAACAUUUCCUCCUGCCGAGACAGCCUGAUCACGUCCCUAAUGUGAGGCGAAGACGGAAGCGCAGCUCAUCGGACAGCUCACUGCUCAAAGCUUCUUCUCCUCAGCCUCGGCGUAAGGGCGUCCCAGCGAUCGAGCGAGACCACCGCGAUGUCCGAGAUGCGUUCGACAGGGCUCAUAGCGAUGCGUCUUGUUCCACGACUAGUGAAUCUACGAACAGCAGUACCGCAAGUCAACGUUAUGCGCGGAAACCUCGCCGCAAGACACGCCCAGACAAGUAUGGAGCUGGAUCGAAGAGGGUCAAGGAGCAGGAUAAGAGUCAUCGCCCCAGCCGAAAGAACGAGUCGAGAAAGUCGAAACGCAAGUCUAAGCGAAGAAAGGACGAUAUGACCCACAAUGGCAUCGGGCAGGAUUUGAAGGCCAGAAACGUUUCCAAAGAUCGGUUGACUCUGAAGCCGCUGGAGAAGAUGGGUCUCUUCAGUAAGGGCAGAACUUCCACUUCAGUCAAGCGUUGUGGUCUACCAGACCUUGUCUUCUCUGAGAUGAAAUCUUUGCGAACCGACCAUGGUGCGAAUGACCACACCACGCAAGCUUCAGAUGCCAAGAAAAAGCGCAAGAAGGACCACGCACGAACGAAGGAAGAAGACAUCUCUGCAUUCUUCACGUCUAUACGACCCGCGUUAGCAGACACAGACGAGAACAUUCUGGCAAAGAGUGGGCACCCGACGACAAACACUUUUGUCGCAACGAAGGCGGAUCGUCCUGGUCGAACGCGAGAACCAUCGAAUGUGCCUGAUACUGCCGUUCCCACAGUCGAGUCGAAGGGCAAAGUAUCGUACUUGGGGUUUGGUAUUAGAGGACUGCGCCAUGAGAGCACCAGCUACUUUUCGUGGUCGGAGUCCAUCCGCGCGCCCAGUAUCACGCCAGUACGCCCGAAGACAAUGUCAACCGUCCAGAAGAAGCGUCUCGAUUCUUCGAAUCAGGACGUCGCAGAGGAUCUGCAUGGCAGACAUACGGCAGUUCGCCAAUCAAUACUCUCUUCAGUCAUGCGUGAACCUCCAACCGCUACUGCCGAACGAUUCAGGGUGUCAUCGACAGCUCCAAUACCAUCAGGACUUUCAAGGUCGCAAUCGUUACCCCAACACUCUUCCUCUCCCCGGCGACCGAAUCUCGUUGAUCGAGCCUUGCAUCGCCGCAUGACUGAACAUGUUACUUCACCGUCGUCAACGCUGCCGGUGUUGCAGGCCGGUGUCAACGCUGAAUACCCAGCGAUUCCCAUAACUGAGGGUUCGAGGAGUGGGAGGACAAUCAGGACGUCUUACGCAAGCGAAAAUGCGGUAUUGGGCCAGGGACGGACCUCUACAGAUGUCGCAAGGAGACUCGUCUCUUACGAGAGUCGGCAACAGCCCUCGAGCUUAGCUGGAGUCUUGCAACACUGCAACGAUGCACACCAAGUAGAGUGUCGGCAGGCUACGUCACGCAGAAGUCGUCAUGCCGAAGCCCCUUUCUCUCCUGCACCCUAUGACAUAAUCCAGCAGACCGGACGGACUUCGUAUCAGAGGACUACACCAGCGCCCACGGUACGAUUCCUGGCUCCAGAGGCUCAGCCAUCAAGGCUGCCAAACUUUUCUGGUCCCAGUUUCUACGCGCAGCAAGAACACCGGCAGCAUUUGCCGGUACACUUUAAUCUCGAGGAAGACAGUGGCUAUCAGCAUCCAGAUAUUGUCGACAAGGAGUACAUAGGUGCGGCCGACUUGUUGGACCAGGAGGACUUCGAGGGUCUGCCAGGCGAGCCAGUGUCGUGCGCAAUGAUGAAUGGUUUUGACGACGACAUGGGAGGAUUGGAUUAUGUAGGGGACGGUGUCGAACAGAUGCAAGAACCUGAGCACACGAAUAUCGUGGCUCCAGGUUUCUGGCGGCCAAAUAGAUUAUACUGAAUGUUGC